AUGGAAUCUGAAGUUAACAUCGAUUUCAACGUGGACGGCUCCAAGUUUGACGAGUGCAACGCUCUAGUACUGCCUGAUAAAAAGACUGCCGAAAAGUCGGCGAAGAAUAAGAAUGCAUCUAAAAACAAAACUCUCAAACCAGUACUUCUUUCGAAAAAGAAGCGAAAGAAGCUUGAGAAAGUUUUGGAGCGAAAGGGCAAAAAGCUAAACAGGGCCAAACUCAUCAGUGAUCUACAGCAGUUUCAAGUCAAAGAUAAGGAGUUUGAGAUGAUGCCCUCUACCAGUGUUAUUCAAACGGCAGGACGAAAAAGGCUAAACGACGUCCUCAAGCUGUACAGUACCAUCAACAAUACCAAUGAAAAAGACGCUAUGAGCGCAGGAGAGUACAAAAGACUGAAAAUUCCGCGGAUCAAGCUGAAAAACAAUGAGAAAAACUUUAACCGUACAGUAAAGUCUGCCAAGGAUCUCAACGUGGUUGGUCAGGAGGAAGAAGAGGAAGAAGAAGCAGAGAGCACUGAAGAAGAGGAAAGCUCCGAGGAUGAGGUCCUUUCCUCUUCUGAAGAUGAAGCGGCUGAGAAGAGCAAAGAAGAGGAUGCUCCUGUGAUUGCACCACCAGCAAGUGAAGCGCCGGUUAAGCCUGUUCCCACAGAAAAGCCCGCCGCCGCCGCUUCAAAGGACCCUGCCGCCAAGAAAAGCGUCUACGUCACCGUAAACCGCCCUGAAGCGGUGCAGAAGGGGCGCCUGAAGUUGCCCAUUCUCUCUGAGGAGCACCGCAUCAUGGAGGAGAUCAUGUACCACCCGGUGGUGAUCAUCUGCGGCGAGACGGGCAGCGGAAAGACCACCCAGGUGCCUCAGUUUCUCUACGAGGGCGGCUACACCAUGAACGGGAAGAUGAUUGGCGUCACUGAGCCUCGACGGGUGGCGGCCAUUUCAAUGUCGAAGCGAGUGGCCCAUGAGCUGAACCUCAGCUCAAAGGAGGUUUCCUAUCAGAUUCGAUUUGAAGGCAACGUAGGCGAGCGAACGGCCAUCAAGUUUAUGACGGACGGUAUUCUCCUCAAGGAGAUUCAGCAUGACUUUCUUCUUCGCAAGUACUCGGCGAUCAUCAUCGACGAGGCGCACGAGCGAAGCCUCUACUCGGACAUUCUCAUUGGUUUCCUCUCGCGAGUGGUCAAGACGCGGCAGAAGCAGGGUGACCCCCUCAAGCUGAUCAUCAUGUCGGCGACGCUGCGGGUGGAGGACUUUACGGAGAACAAGAAGCUCUUUAAGGAGACGCCCCCUGUCAUUAAGAUCGAGUCUCGGCAGUUUCCCGUGAGCGUGCACUUCAGCAAGCGCACCAAUGAGAACUACCUGCGAGAGGCGUACAAGAAGGUCUGCAAGAUUCACUCCAGCGCCCCCUCAGGCGGCGGCAUUCUCGUCUUUCUCACCGGUCGACAGGAGGUGAACUCGCUCUGUCGGAUGCUCAGGGAGAAGUUUCCCUUUCGACUGCCCAAUCAGCUGGAGGAACAUGAGCAAAAGAACUCGGCUGAGGAGGGGGAGGAGGAGGGGGAAAAGAAGAAUGAAAAGGAGGAAAAGGGGAAGUCGGCAGACAAAAAGAACUCCACUUCUGCUUCAAAAGGGAAAAAUACAAUCAACCUGGACCUGUACUCGGUGACGCCGACAGUGGAGAACAAAGAACGGGUCCUCGACGACUUUGACUACUCUGACGACGAGUCGGAGAAGGGCGAUAAAGAGGAUGAAAGUGACCAGGAGGAGGAAGAUGAUGAUGAGAAGGAGGAGGUGACCACCAACGAGCCACUCUACUGCCUGCCACUCUACUCCAUGCUGCCCAAUCAGCAGCAGGCGCUGGUCUUCAAGGAGCCCCCUGCGGGCAGUCGGCUCUGUGUGGUGGCCACCAACGUGGCGGAGACCUCGCUCACCAUUCCCAACGUCAAGUACGUCGUCGAUACGGGAAAGAUCAAGAACAAGGUCUACGACCACGUGACGGGCAUCUCCACCUUCCUCAUCGAGUGGACCUCGAAGGCAUCGGGUGACCAGCGGGCUGGCCGUGCCGGGCGAACCAGCGCCGGCCACUGCUACCGCCUCUACUCUUCUGCCGUGUACAAUGACCAGUUUCGGAAGUACGCCGAGCCGGAGAUUCUCGUCAAGCCAAUUGACGACCUGCUGCUGCAGCUGAAAGCGAUCGGCAUUGACAACGUUGCCAACUUUCCCUUUCCCUCGCCGCCGAGGAUUGAGUCGCUGCUUGCCGCAGAGAAGCGCCUUGUGAUGCUCGAGGCUUUAAAAGAGGAGACUUUUAUCGGUCGAAAGAAGGCGAAGAUUGUCCGCUCCAGUAUCACGCCCAUUGGCCGCGUGAUGGCCACCUUUCCCGUUAACCCCCGCUACUCAAAGAUGCUUUGCCUCUCUCGGCAGUCUGACCUGCUCCCUUUCACGGUGGCCAUCAUCUCGGCGCUUACUGUUCAGGAAAUUUUUCUUCACGGCGAGAAUGGAGUUUUGCUCGCCGAGUACCUCGACUGGCUGCAGGAAUCACAGAGNAAGAUUGCUUCGAGGAGAGCGCUGCUGGCCGCCUGGCAGAAUAACUCCACUUUUUUGCUCGCCGAGUACCUCGACUGGCUGCAGGAAUCACAGAAGGAGAGGGUGCAGGCAAAGUGGCCGCCCACCUAA